AUGGCUCCGUCCAAUCAAGACUCGGGUCAAUUCAAGAUCCUCAUUGCCGGUGGGAGUCUCGUGGGGCUUGGCUUGGCCCUAGCUUUUGAGCGCGCUGGAAUCGACUACGAGCUUUUCGAAAAGGGAGACUUCGCACCUCAACUCGGGGCCUCUAUCGGAAUUCACCCGCAUACCAUAAGAAUUCUACAACAAUUGGGGGUAUGGCGAGAUAUUGAGAAACAGGUUAUACCUCUGCAGCACAGAAAGCAUUAUGACGGAAAAGGGCACUGUUUCGAGGACUCGCACGUACUAGUCGAAAUUGAACAAAUUCUCCGACGCCCUAUUAUUUUUAUGGAGCGAUGCAAGGCCCUGGAGGUUCUACAAAGCCACGUGAAAGACAAAUCAAAGCUACAUGCUCAUACCGCCGUUGUUGGAUAUGAAGAAACCGCAGAUGGGGUUAUCCUCUCCACCCAAGAUGGCAAACAACAUCAUGGCGAUAUCCUUAUUGGUGCGGACGGUAUCCACAGCAAUGUUCGGAAGUUGAUGGCCGAAAAGAUCAGCGCGAAGGACCAGAUUCUCGCCAAACAGAUCAACGAUGCGUUCACAAGCGAGUACAAUUGCAUCUUUGCGGUUUCUCGGAACGAUCCCGAGAAUCAGUUCUUGCCUGAUGCAAUGGUUCACAACGUUUACUACGAUGGCUUCUCUGCAGUUACAGCUGCUGGUGUGCAUGGGCUUGUAUUUUGGUUCCUUUUCGUCAAGAACUCAGAGCUCACAACAACCCCCAACUGCCCGCGGUUCGGUGACAAGGAUGCAGAGGCAUGUAUCCAGAUGUAUGGAAGCUCGCUCGUAGGUCCCGGAUACACUGUGAAGGAUCUCUGGGACGCUCGGGUCAAAGCCACAAUGGUACCCCUCGAAGAGGGUGUUAUUAGCCAGUGGUGUCAUAGCCGGGUAGUUUUGAUGGGUGAUUCAGUUCAUAAGGCUACAAUCAACCCUGGAUUAGGUGGCAACUUGGCCUACGAGGGUAUCGCUCGUUUCACCAAUGGUCUCGUACCUUUGCUAAAAGCAAACCCCAAACCAUCCCUUGAAGAGUUGACAGAGGUUUUCAAUCAGUAUAUCACUGGUCAGAUGCCUCGAGCGAAAACAGUCGUUGAUCUUUCCGGUCAGAUUACACGCUAUGAAGCCCAAGAUAGCUGGAUUCUCAAGUUUGCAGCUCGCCACAUCGUUCCAUGGGUCAGUGACGGACUCAAGGCAAAGCUGUAUGCCAGCUUCUCGAAAGGCGGUCCAUGGUUAGAAUAUCUCCCGUUACCUACCAUGGAUCUCGAUCUGGCUCAAGUCCCCGCCGAGCCCAGCUGGAGCAUUUCUUCGAAGCUUAUUGCAGGUACAGCCGUGGUGGGCGUUGCUGCUAUCUUCUGGCAGAAAUUUCGAGGGCCUAUAGACUCUCUCUUCUAG